ACAUUACGGCAAACACAAGCAGAGAUUGUUUUCAUGGAAGCUGACAUCUUGGCAUUUUCGGAAUUCUCUGGCUUUUCUCUGACUCUUAUCGACAGCUUUUUUGGCGGGAAAGUUAAUUUUAAAAUGUCCAUAAACAUUUCCGACGAGGACGUAGCUCAAGUUUCCUUGUUGUGUCCUGAUGCAGAUGAAGACUAUAUAAGGCAUAACCUUUCGAUCACAGGAGACGUCAAUACCACAAUAAAUAGUAUUUUAGAUGGAAAUGUAAUAAUGUAUACUGUAAAUAUGGUAAACAGACUCUUAAACACUGAUUUUGAUUCUGAUGAGGAGCUUCCACCAUUAUCCUUGAAACAACAUAUACAGCCUGAAAACAUUGUUAUUGUCCUUGAUUCUAAUGAACCAGGUUGUAUGAAAAUGUCAUCAAAUUACAAGGGAAAAGAUUGUAGCAAACAUGCCAGGAAAAUUCCUUACAGUAAAAAUGAUUUUCUGUCAGAUAGUUCUGACAUUGAAAAUGAUGUUGAAAUGGUUGAGACUUUGUCGUUGAAAGAACGCUUGCUUGGGAAGCAAUCAACAUUUACUUCUAAUGGAUUGGUUGGUAAUUUAAUGGGAACAAGUAUAAAAUGUGAUCAGUAUGAUCAGAGACAAGAAAGUUCAGGCUUGACAUGUACACUGACAGAAAGUUUUAAAAAUAUGCGUACAAAAAAUGUAAUUGAAAUUAUUGAAUGUUGCAAUUUAGAUGAUGAAAUGAGCAAGGAAUCAAAUUCUUGUGAUACAAAUUUAUCUGAAAAAAGUAAUCAGGACUAUAGUAAAACCUCUAAUACUUCAAAUACAACUGAAUGUGUGAACAAGAACAAAACUGUUGAGCUAAAUCUACUGGAGUUAGGGAAAUCUGACAAACCAAUCAAGCGAAAAAGAACUCUAGAAGAAAUUGAGGACAGAAAGAGGCAAGCUCAGUUGAAAAAAGAAUUUGCUGAACAGAAGAAAUUAGAACGGGAGAAAGUCCAGCUUGAAAAGAAAAAGAAUGUUCAAAUUAGAAAAAUACAAGGAGAAAGAAAGAAACAAAUGGGGGCUUGGAAUCAAUCAUUAGAGUUUAUGAAAAUUGUUUUAGAUCCACACAUUAUAAAUGAUUGUGGAUUAGGAGCAGCCAUCUUUAAAGCGGGAGAAGAAUUAAAGGUACCUUGUGUUACAGAGGAACAGGGCUUUCCAUUUACUAUAUCAUGGAAGAGAAUGGUGACAGAAUGGAUAGAAAAUGGUACACAGGUGGAAACUCUGAAGAGAGAAGUAACAGAAGAUGAAGCCUUAAUCAUUUUACCUGUUUCUGACUUUGUCCAUAUGGUUGAAAAUUCAAAACAGGAUGGAUUUGAAGGGAAGACAACUUUACUACAGUAUAUACAGAUUGUACAACAGCGGCAACCAAGAAUUUCCAUCACACCUGCUGUCAUUGGUUUGGAAAAAUAUUUCCGUGAUUUGAAGACCAUUAAGCAAAGACAACAUAGAGAAGCUGUUCUAGCCACAGGAGAAAGUUCACAAACAACAAAGAAGAAGAAGAAUAUAAAUACUAUUGUAUCACGUAUUCAUGUUGAAGAGGCCUGUGCUGAGGUCCAGCUUCAGACAGGUUGUGUGGUACAGAUGUUGGAGACUACAGAAGAAAUAACGGACCUUAUCAAGAUUUUCACUAAAGCUGUAGCAGAAAAACCUGCAAAGAAAGAUAGACUGAACUCCAUAUUUUCCUUUCAUGAAGAUGGCACCACUGGUGUCAAGGUAGAUAAAUCUGGUCAGGGUUUGCUGAAGGUCUGGAAGCAGCAGCUUCUGCAAUUCAAAAAUGUUAGUCCUGAUAUGGCAGAGGCUAUUAUAGCUGAAUACCCAUCUCCGCAAUUACUUAUGAAGGCUUACUCUAUGUGUUCCUCACAAGAAGAAGGAGUAAAAGUCUUAGAUAAUAUUGUGGUGAGGAGAGGAGCAGGUGUUCUUGAAACCACUAGGCGUAUUGGAAAGGAGAUGUCUAGAAGAUUUUAUUUGUUUUUCACCAAUACUGAUCCAAGCUGUACCAUCAAAUAACAAUCAUAACAUAUACUUAAUUUUUAAGUGCCAAAUAAAUAUGUAAAAAGCUCA